CAUCUGUGCGGCGGUAUGAAUAUGUGCGGCAGAUCAUCUUUUAUUGUGCUCUAAAUGUAAAUAAUAAAAAAACGAUCCUCAUUCGGCGUACAUCAUUCACCGGAGAAUGAAAGCGGAACCGGAACGUUCACAUUUGAAUAUGAAGCGCGCAUUUGCGUUAAAAUAAACUACUGAAGCCGCUGGUUUAUUAUCGAACCAUGUAGCGAGGACGCGUUUGUGACGUCGCCGCUGCAUAUCGCGUUACGUCACAUGCUGGUAAAUCCGUCGCGUUUCGCGGAUUGUGAUCUGUUUGCCAAUAAAGCGGGACGCGGUCGGCGUGUGUGCGUGGAGUGUUUGUGUAAUGACACCAUUCAGCGACAUCUACACGCUCGUAUCGCGCAGCAGCUGAUGUUUGAUGGACACUGAGCGCGAUUGCACCGCCGUAAAUGAUGAAAAACCGCGAAUAUCAGCAAAUAGAUCCUCAGGCACUAGCGACACCGACCCCGACGCCUCCUCCACGACCUCUGCCCGACCACAAGCCCAAACGAGCCCGGAGAAAAUGGGAGGUGUUUCCCGGCAAGAACCGCUUUUACUGUGACGGUCGCAUCAUCGUGGCGCGUCAGAGCGGCGUGCUGCCGCUCACACUGGGACUCAUCCUGCUCACCAGCGGACUCUUCUUCGUAUUCGACUGCCCGUUCCUGGUGCAGCACCUCACCAGCUGCAUCCCGGCCAUCGGAGGGGUCCUUUUUGUGUUUGUGAUCAUCUCUCUCUUCCAGACAAGCUUCACAGAUCCAGGGAUUCUGCCCCGGGCAACACCAGAGGAGGCCGCAGACAUUGAGAAACAAAUCGACAACCCAACAGGCUCAUCUUCAUCCUACCGCCCCCCUCCGCGCACCAAGGAGGUCAUCAUCAAUCAGCAGGUGGUUAAACUCAAGUACUGCUUCACCUGCAAGAUCUUCCGCCCGCCGCGCACCUCCCACUGCAGCCUGUGUGACAACUGUGUGGAGCGCUUCGAUCAUCACUGCCCUUGGGUCGGGAACUGUGUGGGAAAACGAAACUAUCGCUUCUUCUACACCUUCAUCGUCUCACUCUCUUUCCUCACGGCCUUCAUCUUCGGUUGUGUAACCACACACCUGGCUCUAAGGUCACAAGGAGGAAAUGGGUUGGUUUUUGCUCUCCAAGCAAGUCCUGCCAGUGCUCUUGAGUUAGUGGUUUGCUUCUUUUCUGUAUGGUCCAUUUUGGGCCUCUCAGGCUUUCAUACAUACCUUGUGGCUGCAAAUCUUACUACUAAUGAGGAUAUUAAAGGUUCCUGGUCAGGGAAAAGUGGAAAUGAAGACGUUGGAAAUCCUUACAGCUACAACAGUAUGAUCAAAAACUGCUGUUCUGUACUCUGUGGACCCAUGCCGCCCAGUUUAAUUGACAGGCGAGGUUUUGUGCCCUCCGAUGACUCCGUCCAGACCAGUCCAGUGGAAAUCGAACUUCCAGCUGCUAAAAACGACAUAAACAUGGUAGGCUCCCUUACCCUUUCCCGUCUUCCUCCACAGUGCACGCAUGGUACCAAAGGUCUGCUGGAAACGGCCUCUCGAUCUCCUCUCCUCACAAGCUCCUGUCCGCAGGCCAAACCUCAAGCUGCACCGGCCGUCUUGGAGCCUCUUCCAGAGAUCACCCCGUCACCUGCACUGGAGCCACCCAAGAUCGCUGGAGGACGCCAAUUGACCAACACCUCUCACAAACAUCACUCCCACCACAGAUCCAAGGGAAAACAAGCCAGUCAUCACACCCACAAGACAGCCAACUCUUCUCCAAGACCCCAUCACAGCCACAGUUCAAGACGGAAAGACUCCAAGAACAGAGACCCAAAAUUCAGUUCUCUGCGUUGAGCAUUGAGACUCCAUGAACCUUCAACGUCAUGUCGUUUGGAUUAUUUGAAUUUGUCUUCAUAAGAUUGAUCAGUUUGUAGGGUGGCUUCAGUUGGGACUCCAAACACACAGGACUAAUAUUUCCAGAAAGACCUCCAGUUUUAGUAAACUGAUGGUGGUGUUACAGUCUUACUGUUCUCUGGAGGAAUACCAUCAAUGCUGCAAUCUGGAGAGCAGGUAUGAAGUGGGCUUCCGUUAACAGAUUGAUGACUGGAAAACUUUGUAAUUCAUACACUGAGUGUUUCCAUACAGACAAGCACAAAGGUCUAAAAAGUGAACUGCAAGGCAGUCUUAAUAGUGAGUUCCAAAAUGAGCUUCAUCAUAUUGGAACAAGAACACUGUCGUCCUCGAUAUGGACACAAACUCUGGGAUCCAUUUCUCUGGCCUCUUUUAGGCCUCAUCGGGGAUACAUUGGUCAAGCUUCAAUAAGCAAGAACCAAUCUAAUUAUGCAAAAAAAAAAAAAAAAAAAAAAAAUACAAGAGCAUGCCUGGAGAUUAUAGCUCACAAUCAUUCAUCAUGUUGAGUCUUGUUGAAUUCUUUCUUCUCCCAAAGGACUUCAGCAUGAUUUUGUAACAUAUUGUGUUUGAAACAUGGUAUUAAGUGUGCACAAGUACCUGCUAAUGUGGAUGAGAUGAUGCCUCCUGAUCACCGUGUUGAAGAUCUAGUUGAAAAGUAUCGUUCUCUCUUAACCUCGUCACAACUGCUGUUCUUCACAUUGCAUUCCUGACCCACUGCUGUCUAUCGGUAAAUUAGUAAUCAGACAGUCUUAAUGCACUAAGUCUCAAUGCAGCAAUACUGUAAUGUUUUAGUUACUCAUUGUUACUACAUGUGCUACAGUAUGUGUGGACACUUUGUGUUUGAAUGGGAAUGGGAAUGGGAAUAUGGGUGUUAUUGUUAUCCAGGUUUUGACUUAAUAUGCAAACUGAAUGUUAUUUAUGAAUGCUGAAAUUGAUCCUCUGUUUCUCAAGACCUCUGCAACAUUUGCACAAAUAAAUAUGAAGAACCAA